CGGUAAUGCACCAAAAGCUGGUCUUCCAACCACCAACAAACUGAAACUGAAAACCAUGCCAAGAAAACUUCUGAAUCUGAAAAUAAGAAGAAACUCAUUUCAUCAAGUUUAAAAUCUUCACCCAGUGGCAGCGCGCUUUAGUCUCUCAAAUUAAAAGGAUUUUAUUUUGUUUAUUAUUAUUAUUCGGCAUCAAAUGGAGCCUAAAUGGGAUAAAGGGCUGGGAGUUGUGUUUGUUUUACUGCAGGUCCUUUGCGGUGGAUCUGUGGAGUCGACGCCAUGUUCCCCUGGCUUUGCUUCUGAUCUUUUCCUCCUCAGAGUUCACAGAGAACACCUGCACAAGGGCUCAAGGAUCGGCACAGUUGUUUUCAAUGACUGUGGUGGAAGAACACAGACCACCUUUGACUCUGCUGAUGAGAGGUUUCAUGUAAACUCUGAUGGCACUGUGGACCUGAAGACACCGGUCACUCUUCAUGAUGGCCAUAAGAUGUUCUCGAUCCAUGCUUGGGACAACAGGGGAAAGAAACACACUGCGUUUGUGAGAGUGGAACAUCAGGGCCGGGUCGGCCACCAUCAUGGGCAGCAGGAAGAAGAUUGGGCAGUUGAGCCUGUGCAGACUGAAUCCCCCUCAGCUCUCUUAGUUCUGGAGUUUCCAAAAUCAGGUGGGUUACGGAGGAGAAAAAGAGAGUGGAUAAUUCCUCCAAUCUCAAUCGCAGAGAAUUCAAAAGGCCCUUUCCCCUUGAAGAUGGUGCAGAUUAAGUCCAGUUAUGCCAAAGAAACAAAGAUGGUGUACAGUAUCAGUGGUGAAGGAGCAGACCAGCCUCCAGUGGGACUUUUCACAAUAGACAGAAACACUGGAGUGCUCUAUGUGUCAAGGCCUGUAGACAGGGAAGAAAAAGAUCAAUAUGAGCUGCAAGCCCUUGCUAGAUCAGCUACUGAUUCGAACAUUGGAGAACCUCCCAUGGAAGUUAUUGUCGUAGUGAUGGACCAGAAUGAUAACCAUCCUAUCUUCACCCAAAAUGCAUUCAUCGGGAGUGUACCAGAAGCUUCAAAAAUAGGAUUCGAGUUCAUGACAGUCACUGCCACUGAUGCAGAUGAUCCAAACACCUACAACGCUGAUGUCAGGUACUCCAUCAUCAGUCAGAUUCCAACAGAUCCAAGUCCAAACAUGUUUGCGAUCAACCCGAUCACUGGAGCGAUUCGAGUGAAUGCUGAUGGCCUGGACAGAGAGACACAUCCUGAAUAUGUCUUGGAGAUUCGAGCAGCAGAUAUGCAGGGGGAUGGCCGCCCAGUAAGCGGAAAAGCUAUAAUUACUGUAACAGACAGCAACGACAAUGCACCUCAAUUUCUGAAAAACUCGACGGAGGUGGAGUGGGUGAUUCCUCCAAUCCGAAUCACUGAAAAUGCCAAAGGGCCUUUUCCUUUGGUGAUGGCGCAGAUUAAAUCCAGUUAUGCCAAAGAAACAAAGCUGGUGUACAGCAUCACUGGUGAAGGAUCAGACCGGCCUCCAGUGGAACUUUUCACAAUAGACAGAAACACGGGUGUGCUCUACGUGUCACGGCCUCUAGACCGAGAAAUAAAAGAUAAAUAUGAGCUGCAAGUCCAUGCUCAUUCUGUUACUGAUGACAUUAAAGAACCUGCCAUUAAGGUUAUAGUCGAAGUGCUGGACCAGAAUGAUAACAGUCCUGUCUUCACCCAAAAUCCAUUCAUUGGCAGCGUACCAGAAGCUUCAAAAAUAGGAUAUGAGUUCUUGACCGUCACAGCCACUGAUGCCGACAAUCCGAACACUGACAACGCUGAUAUCAGGUACUCCAUCGUCAGUCAGAUUCCACCAGAGCCACAUCCAAACAUAUUUGAGAUCAACCCUGUCAGUGGAGUGAUUCGAGUGAAUGCUGAUGGACUGGACAGAGAGAAAUAUCCUGAAUACACCCUGGAGAUUCAAGCAUCAGAUAUGCAGGGAUUCGGUCUCCGAGUCACAGGAAAAGCUACUAUUACUGUAACAGACAGCAAUGACAAGUCCCCGACGGAGGUGGAGUGGGUGAUUCCUCCAAUCCGAAUCACUGAAAAUGCCAAAGGGCCUUUUCCUUUGGUGAUGGCGCAGAGUCUAUCCCCUGGGAUAUGGGUGAUUCAUCCUAUCUGCUUCCCAGAGAACGCCAGAGGGCCUUUCCCUAUACAAUUAGCACAGAUUAAGUCCAGUCAUGCUAAGCAAACUAAGAUUGUGUACAGCAUCACUGGUGAAGGAGCAGACAAGCCUCCAGUGGGACUUUUCAUCAUAGAUAAAGAUAGUGGUUGGCUGUUUGUAACAAAGCCUUUAGACAGAGAGACAAAACACGAGUAUGUGCUCCAAUCCCAUGCAAUUGGUGAAGGUAUAAAUGAGGAUCCUACUGAAAUCAUCAUCUGCGUGAUUGACCAGAAUGAUAAUAAGCCUGUCUUCACCCAGGAUCUAUUUAGUGGCAGUGUACCAGAACUAUCAAAAAUCGGAUUUGAGUUCAUGACCAUCUCAGCAACUGAUCCAGAUGAUCCCAAGACUGAAAACGGAAAUAUCAGAUACUCAAUCAUCAGUCAGGAUCCUGCACUGCCACAGCCAAAUAUGUUUGAGAUCAACCCCAUCAGUGGAGUGAUUCACGUGAAGUCUGAAGGACUUGACAGAGAGGCAAAUCCUGAAUAUACUUUGGAGAUUCAAGCAGCAGAUAUGCAGGGGGAUGGCCGCCCAGUAAUCGGAAAAGCUAUUAUUACUGUAACAGACAGCAACGACAAUGCACCUCAAUUUCUGGAAAACUUGUACAAUGUGUCUGUCCCAGAGGAUAAAGUGGGAGCUGUGGUGGUGAAAAUGUCAGUGACUGACAAUGAUGAACCACAGUCAUCUGCCUGGGCAGCAAAGUUUAAGAUUGUUAGUGGAAACAGUGGUGGACUUUUCAACAUUAGCACAGGACCAAACAAACAGGAGGGCAUCAUUACUACUGUGAAGCCAUUGGACUUUGAGAACAACAACAAAUACACACUGCUAGUAGCUGUGGAAAACGAGGUUCCAUUUGCUAAACCUUUGCCUACUUCUACUGCCACGGUCAUUGUAAAUGUUAUCGACGUGAACGAGGCUCCAGUGUUCGACCCAGUGGAGAAGUUCAUUUCCAAACCGGAAGAUGCAGCGAUUGAUAGUGAACUGACCGUGUACACUGCCACUGAUCCGGACACUGGGAAGUCCCAGAAAGUGACGUAUCGUAUAGGCAGUGAUCCUGCUGGCUGGCUUAAAAUUGUAAACCCUGACAUUGGACGAAUCACAGUCAGGAGUCUUUUGGACAGAGAAUCUCCUUAUGUGAAAGAUGGCAAAUACAGAGCCCUAAUCCUAGCUGUGGAUAAUGAUGACCUUCCAGCAACUGGUACUGGUACCCUUGUAAUUGAGUUGCAGGAUGUGAAUGAUAAUGCUCCAAUAAUUGAAGACCGGGUCAUCAAAAUAUGUAAUAAGCAUUCAUCUCCACUGGUCCUGUCUGUGACUGAUAAGGAUGGGCCUGGCUUUGGUCCUCCUUUUAGUGUGUUGCUGCAAGGAGAUGGCAAGAACAAUUGGACUGCCAGGAUGAACGAUACAAAAACAGGGAUUAUAUUGACACUUAAGACUCCACUCCAGCAGGGAGAGUACAGUAUUUAUCUGAGGGUGUUCGACAACAACCACCACUCGCAAGACAACAUUGUCCUGGCCAGUGUAUGGGACUGCACAGGAGAUGGGGUAUGACCUGAAGAGGGCUGUUCAUGCAGAAAUGCUAGCAAUAUUAAUAACUGAAACCUGAACUGAAACUGAAAAAAAAAAAUAGAGGAGGUUCUACCAGUAAUUAAAUAUAAUGAUUCCUGUAUUUUUUCCUGCCUAGACAGUAAAUGAUUAAUAAUCAGUGUAUUCAAUAAAGAAAGGUGCAAUUGUUUGUGUAUUAGCUUAGGUAUAAUGUGUUUGUCUUUUACUGUGAUCAAUGAAUAUCACUCUAUAUAUUAUAAGUAAUUAAUGCAGAAAUCCAAGUCAUUCCAAAGGGCUCAGAAACAGUUCUUGCAAACAUACCCACACAUUCACAGAGGAUGCCUGGGAUACCCACACAUUCACCAUAUAUACCUGGACUGUGUCUGAAUAUUUUUUAAAAUCUUGAAUGUGGAUGAAACAGAGGUAUGUAAUGGAAUAUUUAAUGGAAGUCUUUUAAUAAUUUUAAUAAUUCCAGAAGUUUGACCACAAUCUUAAUCAUGACUGAUUCAGUAAUCCCUGCAACGUCUAGAAGAGACUCUUCAUAUAUCAAAUUUCUUCUGUGUUUGGUGAGUUGGUUUGUGAUGUUUUGUUCUAGCUUGUCUGUUUUUCUUUUCUCCGUCAUGCAUGCUGAAACAUGCUGUGAAUGAAUUUGUGUUAGUAGUCAUGAAGUCACUGCCUUCAUAUCUAUAACCCUUUUCAGGAAAAAGACACAUUUUAACACAUUUUACAUUUGGAUAUUUUAAAGUUGUUUUUACAUUUAUUCAAGUGAAACGGUGUCUUUCAGUGCAGUUGCGAUGCCCAUGUAUCUCAUGCCUUCUCCCCCUUUUUGUCCUCAUGAAGACAAAUCAGUUGUUUAUCUCAGCUGUUUGCUGUUUUAAGUGUUACUGUAGUAAGUUCAGGCAUAUAUGGUUUUGCUGUGAUACAUUUGUUUGAGUGUGCAUUUCAAAAAGGUUUUAAAUGUCUGGACGAACAGACAUUUUUAAGGAUUGUUUGUUUGUCUGUUGAAACAAAUCCUUUCAUGCAUGGAGUCAAUUCAGUGAGAACGUAACCACAAGAUGGCAGCAAUUUACUUUCUCUUGAAAGUCAGAAUCGUGUUCUCAAAAUGUAAAUAAAUAAUUAAACCAAUGCUCAGUGAUAAACUUCAAUAAAUGCCAAUAAAAAGUGUAAUG